AUGCCAGAGCCUGUCACGGCUCUAUGUCUCCCUGCACUGCGUCAGGUUAUGCCAGAUCUUCCUGCUGAUUUAGAGCAACUUUUGGGAGCUGUUGCACGAGCCUCAAAACGCAUAGCAGACACCCUACGGACAGGAGACGCUCACACGAAAAGCGGCAUUGAAAACACAUUCGGAGACGAACAGCUGCACCUGGACGUGGUCACAAACGAGAUUGUUUUCGAGGAGCUCCGAGCGUGUGGGUUGGUGCACAUUGCCAGCAGCGAGGAGACCCCGACAGAGGAAGACCUGGGGGCACCUAAAGCUGCCCCCGGGGAAGGCUUCUCCGUGUCUUUUGAUCCCUUGGACGGAAGCAGCAUCAUCGACACGAAUUUUUCAGUGGGUUCCAUAUUCGGCGUCUGGCCGGGAAGGGGCCUCUUGGGACGCACGGGGAGGGAGCAGGUCUCGUCAAUCCUGACCGUGUACGGGCCGCGGGUAACGCUGGUCAUCGCUUUACCCCAAGCUGCCGCCGGCCCACGUACUGUCCAGCUCAUGCUGCAGCAUGACAGCACAUGGGAGAUGAUCCACGAGAACUUGCGGGUGGCGCCGGCGGGGAAAAUCUUUGCGCCUGGGAACUUGCGGGCCACCGCGGACAAUGCAGCCUACAAGCAGCUUGUUGAUUUCUGGAUCGCAGAACGUUACACCUUGCGAUAUACGGGGGGAUUGGUUCCCGACGUGUACCAUGUCCUCAUUAAAGGCAAAGGGGUUGUGACAAACGUUGUCUCGGCGGCUGCGAAGGCCAAGCUUCGCCUACUGUACGAGGCGGCACCCAUUGCCUUGGUUAUGGAGUGUGCAGGCGCCGCUUCUUGCACAGCGCCCGGGCCCAAUGGGGAGCACCCGGAGCCCAUCUCGAUAUUGGACUUACCCAUUAUGGGUCUAGAAUUCAAGUGUGGAGUGGCCUAUGGUGGGGUGGAGGAGGUAGCGAUCUUUAAGAAACUGAUGUAUCCGGGAUCAUAA